UCUUCUUUCCUCAUCUAAGCCAAUUUCGUAAACGCCACUUUCACCUAUGUUUUGACCUCACAUCACGCCAAAUUUCCCUUCAAUUUUUCAAUCAUUAGCCCAAAAUCCUAUUACUUUACAAUCUUUUCCUCAAUUCUUACAACCCCAGAUCAAAAAAUCUGACAAAAAUAGCCAAAUUUUGCCACUUCUACAUAGUGGUACCAUGUAAAAGUCCCCAAAAUCACAUAAAGUCACAAUCUUUACUUCAAUUCUCACAACCCCAGAUCAAAAUCUUGAUAAAUUAGCCAAAUUUUGCCACUUAUACAUAGUUUUACCAUGUAAAAGUCCCAAAAUCUCAUAAAUUAACAAUCUUUACUUCAAUUCUCACAACCCCAGAUCAAAAUCUUGAUUAAAUUGAGUCCAAAAUUGCUAGUUCUAUAUAGUUGUACCAUAUAAAAACCUCAAAAUCCCAUAAAGUUACAAUCUUUACUUCAAUUCUCACAACCUCAGAUAAUUUUUUUGACAAAAAGAGCCAAAAAAUUGCUCUUUUUGUACCAUGUGUCCUGAUUUAAACUAUCAUCUUUGAUGCCUAAAAAAAACCAGUUUAGUAUAAGCUCAUCUGAUUCAGAUUCCCCAAGAAAAAAUCUUGGUUUUUCUGUUUCUUCAGAGCUAGAACCAAGCAGUAGUAGUAGUUGUAAUAAGGUUAAUAAUAAAUCUUCUGUUUGGUCUGGUUUUUUUGUUUCACCUUUUUCAAUAUUUGAUGGUGAGCCAAAAGGGUGUUUAAAAAAAGGUGAAUCUUGUUGUUCAAAGAAAUAUAAUGGUAUUGGUAUUGGUUGGACUAAUGCUGUAAAAAGAAUGAUGAAUAGUGGUUCAAUGAGGAGGAUUUUUGGGAUGGAUAAAACUGGGAUACCUAAUGUUUCUAAAAGUGAUAUUUUGCUUUUAGGUGUUUGUUAUAAAGUUGUUCAAGAUGAAGAUCCAACUAUAGAACCAACUCAAAGUGAAGGUUUUUCUGCUUUUGUUGAUGAUUUUUCGUCGAGGAUUCUUGUUACAUAUCGUAAAGGAUUUGCUCCUAUUGGAGAUACUAAGUAUACAAGUGAUGUUAAUUGGGGUUGCAUGCUUAGAAGCAGCCAGAUGCUUGUUGCUCAGGCGCUACUUCUUGAUCGAUUAGGAAGAUCUUGGAGAAAAUCUGUAGACAAGGUACUCGAAAGUCAAAACACUGCCGUACUUUCAGUUGUUAACAUGCUCAAUUUCCCAUUUAGAACCAGGAUAAUGCACAAUCAGCCGCUUGAACAAAAGUAUGUGGACAUAUUGCACCUUUUUGGUGAUUCCGAGGAGUCAGCUUACUCUAUCCAUAACCUCCUACAAGCCGGCGAGACUUAUGGUCUUUCACCUGGAUCAUGGGUGGGCCCGUAUGCGAUGUGUCGCACCUGGGAAACAUUAGCACGUAGCAAAAGAGAAGAAACCGGAAAUGCAGACACGUCUCCGGUCAUGUCUAUCUAUGUUGUAUCAGGGGAUGAAGAUGGAGAAAGAGGUGGAGCACCAGUGCUCUGCAUUGAGGACAUUGUCAAGCAUUGUUCCGGCUUGUCAAAAGGCGAAGUUGACUGGACACCUGUUCUUUUCUUAGUUCCAUUGGUUCUUGGACUUGACAAAAUCAAUUCAAGGUAUCUUCCUUUGCUGGCAGCUACAUUUGGUUUUCCUCAAAGCCUCGGAAUCCUCGGUGGCAGACCUGGGGCGUCGACCUACAUAGUUGGCGUGCAAGAUGAUAAAGCCUUUUAUCUUGAUCCACAUGAAGUUCAGCCAGUUGUUGAUAUUAAGACAGAUAAGCUAGAUGUUGAUACCACAUCUUAUCACUGCAAUACUGUAAGGCAUUUUCCGCUGGAUUCAAUAGACCCCUCCUUGGCAAUCGGAUUUUAUUGUAAAGAUAAAAGUGAUUUUGAUGAUUUCUGUAUACGGGCAUCUGAGUUAGUGGAUCAAUCAAACGGUGCUCCAUUGUUUACCAUAACUGAAACUCGUAGCUCCGCCAUCUCAAAUGAGUAUAAUGACAGGUUGACUAGUAAUGCUGGGGUUCCAGAACUGGACUCCUUCGAUGCUGUAGGCCCCGAUGAGUCAGAUGGUAAUAGACCUGAAGAUGAGUGGCAACUCCUUUGAUGCGAGAACGAGAACAUUUUCAGGAUCAAAAGGUUGUGUAAAUAAUUUCUUAGGUUGGUUUACUUGAUCGCGUUGGUGGCCUUAAAUGUGUUGCUCAACAUGUUUGGUGCACGAUUUCGGAUAAAUUACUGCUGUAAGAUAGUCAUACUUGUGUAGGAUUCAUCUUUUGCCUUACAAUUUGAUGUUGUCUAUAAAUUAUCAAAAAGUGGGAUGGUGUAUGGUCAUGCUCCUUAAUUGAAUCUUUUAUUCCGGUACAAA